GUAAAGAGAACCUUCAUGGGUGAUGGUUUUCCGAAGAUAGAGUUUUUACCAGACUAUUUUGAACCUUCGAGACCAACUGGUUAUUGCAUUGAGAAUGAUAACUCCAGUAAUUCACAACCAAGGACUGAAAACUCUUUGAGGUCCUGGGGUCAUUUGUGGAGUCAGAGAAAAUUAAUUCACGCUACAGCUAUGUUAAACUUGUUUGGUAGAUCAGGGCUUCCAUGGGGAUCUGGAAGCAGUGAUAAGGUUGAACUAACUACUGCUGAGGUAGAAUCUCUUCGAUCAGAGAUUGCUGAUCUAGAAGAAAGAGAAGCCCAUCUGAAAGCUCGGUUGGAAAAUCUUGACGAACUUUUGAGGUCUGCUCGUCUGACUGGCUAUUUGUUUCUUCGAACUAGAUGGACGGCAUUACCUGGAGAACCUCCUAUAAUUGACUCGGAUAUUGAUGAUUGGCUUCCACGUUUUGUUGUUCUUCAUGGCGCAUGUAUCUUUUUCUACUUACUGUCUACAGAUCUGAGUCCUCAAGACUCAACCCUACUAUCUGAUAUCGUGGAAGUUGGCCCACUGUCAAGUUUCAUCCAAGAAGAUGAGCAGACACGAUAUUCGUUUUAUAUCUUAACUUGUCAUGGACUAAGAUACGAGUGCUCAAGUCUUUCUGAAAUACAGGUCAAUUCUUGGUUGAAGGCAUUACGCACCGACUGUAAACUGGGAAUGGACGAUACAGAAGCUGUCAAUGACUCUAGCAAGUCAUAUACUGAUAGCCUUGAGAGGUCUUUAAUUAUAACAGAGAACUUAGAUUUUAAACUGAUAAGGAUUGCGGUGGCAGAAACUCCUUGUGAAAGAGCUGAAUUCGUUGAUAGAAUGAGCUCUCAGAUCUACAAAUCUUCUGCCUCUAAGGUUCUGAGGGCAUUCAUUUCUGCCUCGAAGAGCUCUCCUGUUUUAGCUGAGGGACGAGCUGUAGCAGCAGCAACAGCAACAUUAUUCAGAGGAAAGUUGCCUUUUGCUUCAUUUUAUGGGAGAGAAAAUUCUCACAAUGCAUCUAGAGGAUGGGUUUCAGGAGCCCUAGCCCUUCCUGCAGCAGUUUAUAUGCUCCAGGAGCAGGAAGCACAUGCUGCCGAGAUGGAACGUACUUUUAUUGCCAUUAAACCUGACGGAGUGCAGCGGGGACUGAUAGCAGAAAUUUUAUCACGCUUUGAGCGGAAAGGGUUUAAGCUUGUGGCUGUUAAGUUGGUGGUCCCUUCCAAGGAAUUUGCUCAGAAGCAUUACCAUGACCUUAAAGAAAGACCUUUCUUUAAUGGCCUGUGUGACUUUCUCAGCUCGGGGCCUGUCCUUGCCAUGGUUUGGGAAGGAGAGGGAGUCAUUAAAUAUGGUCGUAAACUUAUUGGAGCUACAGAUCCUCAAAAAUCCGAGCCAGGGACCAUCAGAGGUGAUCUUGCAGUUGUAGUUGGAAGAAACAUAAUCCACGGGAGUGAUGGCCCUGAAACUGCCAAGGAUGAAAUCAAUCUUUGGUUCAAGCCAGAGGAGUUGGUUAGUUACACAAGCAACGAAGAGAAGUGGGUCUAUGGAAAUAACUAGGUUAUUGAUGAACCUUGUUUCUUGUUCCUUCCCCUCCGCCCUCCCUUGCUGUUGCUACUAACUUGUUGGUUAAAGCUGGUAUUGCAUCCUCUGGCAGCUGGUCCUCAGGAUGAGAUAGGUCAGAGCAUGGCAUAAGUGCAUGACUCAAUAAAAUUGAUUGUGUAGAGGUGAGAGACUCUGCGGCUCCUUUUGUAAUAAAUUAGAAUAUGGAAUUUUGGCAAUAAUUUGUCAUAAUUAUUUGGUCAGUUUGAGA